AAAGAGAGAGGCAACAUCAUUGAAAGAGAAGAUAGUCCGAGUGAGUGUUUGAGAGAGAAUAACUGAAAACAUUUAGGCUGAAAGGGGAGGGACUGCCUAGUCCUUUUUCAAACAAGUUUGUGGAGAAACUUGGAGAAGCUCUUUGGCUGCUUGGAAAGAAGAGGCAAGGGGCUAUGCUAAGUGAGAGAGCAGCUCUGAGGCAGGGGUAGGGGUGCAAAACCGAAGGAGAAAGGGGAUAAAGGACAUUUUGAUCUAAAGGAAAUCAUGCGAGUGAAUGCUGCCUCAUCCAGUGUCAGAUUUCACAAAAUGAGAAACCAGUGCAAGAGCACUUCUACAGGGCUCAUCCAGCUGAGAAAGGAUGCCAGCUGCUAGCACAAUGACUGGUGGGAGGGCCCUGCUGCUCUGUACCAACACUGACAACUGUAUCUACCAAUCAGUUAACGGGCUUCAGUGCUGCGGCUUGAAGGUUGAGGCUCAGUCUGUGGUCCCCCAGCGGCCAGACGUGGUGUGCGGGGACAGGGACACCUCCAAGCGGCCCCUCUCUCCCCUUGUUUCCUCUCUGGACGGGCCAGGCACCAUUGACACAAUGCUCGCUCACAAAAGAACCACCUCAGACCCCCGCACCACCAUGGAGAAUGGACUGGGCGGCUGUAGCAAGCUCAACAAGACCCCGGCGGGUCUGAAGACCAGCGCCAGCAUCCGGGACAAGAUCUCCCAAUGGGAGGGAAAGAAGGAGACCGCCCCUACCUCCUCUACCUCCCCUGUAGUUGGAAGUGGUCCAUGCCCGCUGAACACAGCACAGAAGGAACCAGAGACUGUGCGAAAAAAGGAGACCACCAAUACCUCAGAGGUCCACAGGUCCGACAGUAAGUGGUUGGCCAGCUGGGAUGGGCAGGACUCUGGGAAGGAGAACUCAGGAAAGCUGGGGGAUUUACGGCCUAAGUCUCCUGAGGGCCCCACUACCAGGGACAGAGAGGUGAUACUGGAUAGAGGACCCCUCAGAGGCAGUAGUAAAUCCACUGAGACAGCCAAGGACAAGAAGUCUGUUUUGACUCACAUUAAGAAACUGGAGCAGGCAAUGAAAGAGGGUUCCACCAAGCCCUCCUUGGUGUUGCCUGGGAACUAUUUCUGCCCCCCUUCCCAGGAGGAGCAGGAGGAGGCGGAGAGGAAGGGGAACGAGCCCAUAUUUGGGACGCUGGAAGUUGCGGGGUCAACGCGCCGGCGGAGGUCAGGUGACCCUGAGAACGUGUACACUGAGCCUGGCGCUGCCAGUCCCUCCAUCAACCCCUUACCCAAACCCCAGCGCACCUUCCAGCACCACACCCCACCCAGCACCCCCGCCUCAGGCCUGGGCCUUGGCAAGGGGAGACGUAACCUGCCCCCUCUGCCCUCCAUCCCCCCGCCUCCCCUACCCACCUGCCCCCCUCCAGGAGUCUGCAGGAGACCCUGGGCAGACAGAACCAGAGACAGCAGCAAUAGGAAGUCCUAUGAGUUUGAGGAUCUGCUGCAGUUGUCGUCAGAGAGCAGCAGGGUGGACUGGUACGCUCAGUCCCGACUUGGCCUCACACGCACUUUAUCAGAGGAGAACGUCUAUGAGGAUAUCCUAGACCCUCCGUCAAAGGAGAACCCUUACGAAGAUAUAGAGUUGGAGAGAAGUUGCCUUGGAAACAAGUGGUCUUUACCCAUCUCCUCCCCGUCAUGCCCAGUCCCCGACACACCAACCAAGCUCUCCUCAAAGCCAGUUUUCUUCAGGCAGAACUCAGAACGUCGCAGCUUCAAGCUCCUGGACCCGCGCAAGGCCAACCGGGACACCGGCAUUUCCUCACCCUCCCGCAUCAGCCCCCCCUCCACCCCCAGUAGCCCUGAUGACACCCCAAACCUCUCAGGAGACCCCUACAACCGCAGGCGCAGGAAGAUCCCCAGGAUGGUGCUGAAAAUCAACAGCAUCUUUGAAGCAAGGAGAGGGAAGAAACGCAUGAAGAGGGUGUCUCAGUCUACUGAGUCCAACUCAGGGAGAGUGACAGAUGAGAACAGUGAGUCGGAGAGUGACACAGAGGAGAAAUUGAAAGCUCACAGCCAGCGUCUGUCGUCAGUGCAGUCCAUGUUGAGGCAGACGGGGCGGUACCGGACCCUGGAGAGGGACCUGAUGGACCUACAGGACAGGAAGCUGUUUGAGUACUUCAUAGUGGUGGCCCUCCAUAAGUCCAAGGCUGGAGCUCCUUACCUACCAGAAGUCACUCAGCAGUUCCCCCUCAAGCUGGAGAGGAGCUUCAAGUUCAUGCGGGAAACAGAGGACCAACUGAAGGUCAUCCCCCAGUUCUGUUUCCCUGACGCUAGGGACUGGGCCCCCGUUGACAACUUCCCCAGUGAAACGUUCUCCUUCGUCCUGACCGGUGAGGACGGGAGCAGACGGUUUGGAUACUGUCGUCGUUUACUGCCCACAGGGAAAAGCCGGAGGCUGCCAGAGGUUUACUGCAUCGUCAGUCGGCUGGGCUGUUUCGACCUCUUCUCCAAGAUCCUGGAUGAGGUGGAGAAGAGGAGGGCCAUCUCUCCAGCCCUUGUGCAGCCCUUCAUGAGGGGCAUCAUGGAGGCUCCAUUCCCAGCCCCAGGAAGAACCAUCACUGUCAAGAACUUCCUGCCUGGCUCAGGCACUGAGGUGAUAGAGCUGUGUCGUCCGUCAGACUCUCGUCUGGAGCAUGUAGACUUUGAGUGUCUCUUCUCCUCUCUGUCGCUGCGUCUACUCCUCAGAGUCUUCGCCUCUCUGCUGCUGGAGCGCAGGGUCCUCUUCACCGCUGACAAACUCAGUACUCUGUCUCAGUGCUGCCAUGCGGUGGUUGCUCUACUUUACCCUUUCACCUGGCAACACACAUACAUCCCCGUGCUGCCCCCUGCCAUGCUGGACAUAGUGUGUACCCCCACACCCUUCAUUGUGGGUCUGCUAUCCAGCUCCCUGCCCAGCCUCAAAGAGCUGCCCAUAGAGGAGGUCCUGGUGGUCGACCUUGGCAACAGCCGCUUCCUCAGACAGCUGGAUGACGAGGACUCCAUUCUGCCUCAUAAGCUGCAGGCUGCUCUGGAACAUGUUCUGGACAAGAGGAAGGAACUGGCCAGUGAGAUGCCCACCGACUCAAGCUCCCUCAGUACUGUGGUGUCGGAGGCCUUUGUAUGUUUCUUCGUAGAAAUGGUGGGCCACUACCCUCUCUUCAUGGGCGGGGGGGAUCGAGAGGAUGAGUCUGGAGCCCCCUCCCCCACGCCGUCCUACUUUCAGCGCGAGGCCUUUCGCAAGGCUGUCACCUCAAAGAGUCUGAAGAGGUUCCUGGAGGUCUUCAUGGAGACCCAGAUGUUCGCUGGGUUUGUCGCAGAGAGGGAGCAGCGCAGGCAGGGUCUAAGAGGUCUGUUUGAGGUGAGGUCACAAGACUACCUGGACUCUCUCCCAGGGAGCGAGCAACGUGGAGUCAACAAGUUCCUCAAGGGUCUAGGAAAUAAGAUGAAAUUUUUGUCCAAGAAAUGAUGCAUCGGGAAGGAACUCCAUGAGAGAGAGAGCAUGUUCAAGAGAGGUAGAGGAACAAACCACUUCGCCUAAAGACGUCUAAGGACCCAAACUCCCUGUGGAAAGCAUGGAGUAGGGGAUUGUGUGUGUCCACAAGCUUAUGGACACAUACUGGGCAAGGACUGAACACUCCCGGCAAUAUUUGGACUGAACGUGAAGGACUUGAGGGUGUUGGGGUUUAAGAAUCGGACCAAAAAACAUGAAUAUUGUCCUAGCCUGAAGACACAGACCCAUUAAGGAACAUCGUUCUCCAUUGAGGUUACUGAGUGUCUUUCCGUUGCCUCUAUUGUGGAGAGCUUACUUUUGUGAAGCGGUCAGUCUUUAUAGUGUACAUUGAUGUACUGUAUAGCACAGCCCAUUUCCCUUCCUAGAGUUGGUAUAUAGAGUGUCCUCCCUCUAUGUCACUCAGGAAUGACUGACUCCACCCUCGAUCCCAAAAGGCAUCAAUGAGAACAUGAGGAUGUUGCUGGUGGCUUAAGAAUAAUUCAAUUUUGUACAGUAGCUUUUAAACAUUCCACAUAUUUCUUUAGUCUUUUUAAAAAUAGUACAACUUCUUUGUUAACAGGAGGCUUAUACGUUAAUUUAUACUGUAUAGUUUCUAGAAUAACUUUCUCUUCCUUUUUAUCUCCUUCAAAUGAAAGCAAAGAAAUCUGUAGUUUGUGAUGGACUUUAUGUAGUCUGAUCAGACGAUCGAUUGUAGAGCACUCUAGGUUACUAUUGAGGAAAUGUACCACUGUGAUAGGAGAGUGAACUAUGGAUUGGACUGGGUGUACGCCAAAAAGAGGAAAAAGAGAGGGGAAUGAUUGGAAAAUCAUUCCUGGAUGAAGGAAAAAAAUGGAUCGAGUGGGAGAAGUGUGAAAUCAGAUCUCAUGAAAAGAGGCGUGUUUAAGAUGGACUUGAUGUUGAAGAAAAAUAUGUUCAGUAUGUCAAUCUAAAACACCACUAGUUUCACCAUAAACGUGUAUUAUUUUUAAUUAAGAAAUACCCAAAGUUUAUUUGAUUGUUUGAUCUUGCAGAGGAUGUUAUAGACAAAACAGCUAUCACAAUGUUAUAAACUGCUUAUUCAAAUAUGUUAUGUGUUUUAUAGGUCACAUAAUUGUUUUCAUUUUUAACAGACAUGCAAUAGGUUACUGACUUGAUUUCAGAUGGAACUGUACAAUGCACAACUGAAACCUUACCUGUUAGGUAAUUACCUAUAUUAUCCACUGGAGGGCGCUCUAUUAUCUAUUUAAUUCAAACCUGACAGGCUCCAGUUGUUCAGAGUUCAGUUAACCGUCAGUGCUCAAUUUAUUAUGCUUUCUGUAAAGAUGAAUUGCACAAUCGAUUUUCCUCGUUUGCUAUAAAUAAAUGACUAAUGAUA